AUAGUUCUUUGUUUUCAUCUGCAAUUCAAAGUAUAUGUUGAUCGUUCGUGAUGAUCCACAAAAUGAACUGAAUUUAUUCUUGUUCAUCGAUAUCCGACACGGAAUUCAUUCCAAUUUUGCCAUUUCCGUUGAAAACCGAGAAAUUGUGAUUAUCGAUUUCGAUUUUCAAAUUGACCAGAACUAAGUACCUGUAUGAAUUUAAAAUUAUUACUCAUAGCUUCUUCAAAUGUGGACACGAGACCAAUAUCCAGGCCAACAAUAAUAACCAGUAUUAAGAUCAGUAUUUACGGAAAAAUUACACCGAGGUUAACAGAAACAUGUUCGUCCAAGCUGAAAUCGCAAAACCAAGCACGAAUAACAACAAUCUGAGUCGCAGCGAAGACCAGAACAACGGAACCAGCGACUUGUUCCUGCAAGACCUGGAUCUGGUAUCCCGUUUCUGUUUGCCGAUUUGUUCGCACGACAAUGAGGUGCGGGAGGUGGCUUUGGAUGCCAUAUCGAAGACGGUCGAGAGUUGGUUGGACGGAAUGGGCAGCCCCAUGAAUAGUAGGUGUAAAUCGAUAAAUGAGAGAACGACAAGUUGUAACAACAUAGGAUCCCCACCUGCUGAAUAUAUGGAACUGGUGGCUUUACAUUUACCAAUAAUACUAAGGCUUAGUCUCAACUGUCCCUUCGCCAACGUAAGAGAGAAAUGUCAACAUAUCUUGGAAAUCGUGAAGAUUCGUGGUUUACCAACACCCUAUCCUGUGAUAUUCGGACCUAGUGCUUUCAUCGAUACAGAAGAGUUGCCACAUUUGGGCACUUGCAAUGAGCAGACGCAAACCUUGUUUGCGGACACUUUCCUGCAAACGAACCGGCUAGAUCAUGUCAGUCAGGUGAUGGGAUAUCAUCCUACAUAUUUGGAUCAUUUUAUCAAGACACAGAAUUUUAUUUUGAGGGGUGAUGGUCCACUACCCUACGACUAUAGGCACUAUAUUGCAAUUAUGGCUGCUGGAAGGCACCAGUGCAGCUAUCUCAUCAGUCUCCAAAAGCAGGAAUUCAUUCUUCAAGGCGGAGAUCAGACUUGGCUGAAAGGUCUCAGCUUCAUACCGCAGAAAUUAAGGAACCUCUAUGAAAUAAAUAAAAUAUUAGCACAUAGGCCAUGGCUUCUGAACAAAGGACACAUCGAAAAAUUAACCAAAUGCGGCAAGGACAGUUGGUCCCUGGGCGAACUAGUACAGGCCAUUGUGAUCCUGGCUCAUUUCCAUUCGCUUUGUUCGUUCGUUUUCUCCUGCGGCGUGAACCAGGAAGUGGACCAGGAGGGGGCCUAUAGGUAUUACAGCGAAAAAAUGAAGGAGGCUGAGGCCGAAUGUAGCGCCGUCGAAGGCUACCCGAGGAGCAUGUGGAGGUACUCCAAACCAGAAACCAGUAACGCCUAUGCGAGCCCACCAUCCCCCACCAUAGAACCGGAGGUCGCCAUAGUCGAUCUGAUGCAACGCAUGAAGAAGCUCUCCGAGCAAACUCAGGAAUGUACGCCCGUGGAAUUGGCCAAGAGGUUCGAGAACAUCGAGACCCAGUCUGCGGAAAUAGGCGUUGUGGGAGCCGAACCCCACGACACCCCUGCCGACAUCACCUGUUUCGUGGAGGAACCCAAUUUCACAUAUCAAGAUUUCGCAAAGAGGGCGGACCAAAAGACCAUAAGCACCUUCAGGGUGCAGGAUUACUCCUGGGACGACCACGGGUUCUCAACGGUCAAUAGAUUGUAUAAUGAUGUUGGAAAUUUAUUGGACGACAAAUUUAAGACUGCCUACAAUUUGACCUACUACACGAUGGGAGGAAGGACAGACGUGGACACUUCCCGUUUUAGGCGUGCCAUCUGGAACUACCUGCAAUGCUUAUUAGGAAUAAGGCAUGAUGAUUACGAUUAUGGAGAAAUCAACGCGUUGCUGGAGAGGUCUCUGAAAGCUUUCAUCAAGAGUGCUUGCUGUUAUCCAGAGAGGGUGACCAAAAAGGAUUACGACAGGGUUCUUAGGGAAUUCAAGCACAGUGAAAAGGUCCACGUGAAUUUGAUGGUGCUAGAAGCUAGAAUGCAAGGGGAGCUCCUCUAUUCCAUGAGGACUAUCAAUCAAUACAUGACAAGAAGUUGAGUUGUGGACCGGGCUAAGAGCAUGGUGGCUAUCAACUGUCAGUUCGAGAACCUGUUUAUGGAGUUUCAUGUGGUUUACGAAAAUUAUAUAACUACUUAUAAUGAAUGCACAAAACGCCAAUUAAGUAUAAUUGACAAUAGGGAACGUUUCAGAAAUGAUUCCUAGGGAGAUGGUUCAUACUUCAAAGGGUUUUUCCCAGUUCAAGCCAAAGUCCUUGUCGAAAAAAUUGUUCUCAACGAAAUUGAAAUGUUAUUUUUUUAUACAGAGCGAUAAGAAUUGCAUUAUGAAAAAAGGGCUCUGAUCUGAAAAACAUAUCAUUGUAAUGGAGUCAAUCAUUGGUUUUUCAUGGAAAUCUUCAGUAACGGUUCGUCGCAAUUAUUUUCAAUAAGUUCAAAUCAUUUGGCUGAAUUUAGGAAGAUGCAUGAAUGAUGAAUUUAUUCCAGACCAAAUUUAUGAAUGUUGUUAAUCAAGUCCAAAUAAUCUAAUUUUCAGCAUUGAUUCGAUGCAUAUAUUUAUUAGAGUUUUUAUAUAGUUAGUUUUUCCAAAUUAAUAUUCGAUAUUCUUCUCAACUAUUUAAUGAAACAUUCUUAUGGGCAAUUUUUUUUGGUUCUCCCCUCAGGAAGACGAGAAGUAACCCUUUAGUUUUCCCAAUUAAAAAAAAUUGUUGAAAAUAUGAAAAAUUUCUUUCAGUUAUUAUUGGUCAAUUUCAAUAAAUACUUCUCUUUCACUUCUGUUGACUUAAACUGUUUUUACAUCAAUCACCACAAAAAUCAGUCUAUAAGAUUGAUUUUUUUGAAUUUUCCUUACCCUACAAUUGAAUUAUUUCAAAAUCAUGUACUUGAUUUGUCUUCACGAAUUAUUUGAACGUUUUCAUUAAACUAGAAGAAAAGUCUAUUUAAUAUUCGAACCAAGUUCAACAUAUUGAUCUCAGCUUUAAUAUAAGACAAGUAAUUUCGCCAUAAGUUUCAAUAAUUUGAAACUGAUUUCGAUUAUUUGGAUCUGUUAUAUUACAUUUAAUUUGUAAUUUCGAACAUAUUUUGAACCUUUGUUAAUUUUCGAGGAAAUUCUAUCUUUGCUGUGAUGGUUCAAUUUAAUAUUUUCGUGUCGCUUUGUGAAAAUUGAAAAGCGACACUUAUUUUAUUUCACUGAUUUGUUGAGGCUUUCUAGUCAAUGAAUUGAAAUUCAUAAAUAAAGUUUUGCAAUCAAUAUAUGAAUAUUUUUUUCAUGUACCUACUUAGGUUACUCAGUUAGUUUCUUGUUUUAAUUUUUAGAAUAUUUUAUCUUUAUGAAUGAUUGUAGCGUCAUAUCGUGAUUUUUAUAUUGAAAUGAUGAAUUCAAGUUAUAAAAUUCAGAAGUACAAAUAUCGAUUCACCAAUAACAUUUUUCUGCAUAUUAAAAUUGCUUUAAUUGAAAAUAUGAUUAUGUGCAGAAUGUGCGAUCUGACUGGAAAAACCAAUUGUAUUUUACAAGAGGAAGCCUUUUCCAAUUUGUGAUAUUCAUCUAAAUGUGAUUACUGUGUAAUAGUUUUUAGAUUGUUCAAUUCAAUAAUUAUUGAUAAGUUUUGUUGAUGUUUAACGAUAGAACUUUAGUGAUAUGUUUUAAUUAAUCCUUUUCAAAUAAAGUAGUUUGAUUCCA